CGUAUUUGCACACUUGAGAAUAAAGGAGAGUAGUGACACAAGUUCAAGAGGAGGAAGAGCAAGGUCACUACAAUAUAUAUCAAAAUUUGAUGAUGGAAUGGAGGAAGUGCUAUUUGGAUGUGAUAUUGGUUCCCUUGGGAUUGCUUAUAAGCAUUUGUUACAAUUUCUGGUUGUGGCAUAAGGUUCGAACUCAGCCACACACAACCACUGUUGGCAUCAAUUCCAGUGGCCGUAGAAAUUGGGUUAAUGCCAUAAUGAAGGAUAAUGAAAAGAAAAACAUCCUGGCCGUUCAAUCACUGAGGAACACAAUCAUGGGAGCAACCCUAAUGGCCACAACCUCCAUUCUCCUCUGCUCAGGUUUAGCAGCAGUUAUAAGCAGCACCUACAGCGUGAAGAAGCCACUCAACGACGCAGUUUAUGGCGGUCACGGCGAGUUCAUGAUAGCACUGAAAUACGUUACUCUGCUCACAAUCUUCCUCUUCUCAUUCUUCUGCCACUCCCUGUCCAUAAGGUUCUUGAACCAAGUCAACUUCUUAAUCAACACCCCUCAAGAUCCAAUGUCAUUGGUUACCCCUGAAUAUAUAAGCCAGAUCUUGGAGAGAGGUUUCGUUCUCAACACUGUGGGGAACAGGCUCUUCUAUACAGGGCUUCCUCUUUUGCUUUGGAUCUUUGGCCCUGUGCUGGUGUUCCUGUCCUCUGUCACGAUGGUUCCAGUGCUUUACAAUCUUGAUGUUGUGUUCUUUAGUGGGAAGGGAAAGAUGGACUUGAACCAAAAGGGGGAUUUUGUUUGAAUAAAAAUGUAACAUAUCUAUCUAUAUAUAUUAUAAAGCAAAAUCACUCCAAGAAAAAACCUUCCACGUGGCAUCACUACAAGAAUUCUGCUAUGAGGGUGAUUUUAGGAGCUUUUAUGCCA